UUUCUCUCUCUCCGCUCUCUCCUCCAUUUCGUCGUCUUCGCCAACGUCUUACCCUAACCCUAACUCUUCCCAACUGCACGACAGACAACAAACUGAAGAGGAGAAGGGUCGAAGAGUGCUACGAUCGUGACUAGGGAGCUCUACUUCCUCCUGAUUUCCAUGGAUUCUCAACAGAGCAAUCUCUUCGAGACAGCGUCGCAGCCCGACACGGCCGCCGACGCCUACACCUUUUUGGAAUUCAAUACGCAGGGCGACUCCGAAUUCGACUACCCGGAGUUCCGAUCACCUACUGCGUGGCCUACGCCGUCUGAUUCCCUCUCCAUCUCCGACCCCUCAGAUCGCGGCGCCGGAGUUACUGCUGGAGAUCACCACUCCGAGGCUUCGUCGCAUUCUCCGCUGUCUCCUCCGGCGCCUGGAAGUGGCGCGAAGGGGGGACGCGGUGGAGGCGGUGGUGGUAGUAGCAGCAGCCAGGUUGAUGCAUUGGCGGCGGGGAUGGGGAAUUUAAACUUUGAGGAGACCGGCGAUGAUGACGCUUUCGAUUAUGGAAAAGGGAAUUUCACAGAGCACGCAUGCAAGUAUUGUGGUAUCUCGAACCCGGCUUGCGUGGUGAGGUGCAAUGUGGCAUCUUGUCGGAAGUGGUUCUGCAAUUCAAGGGGAAACACAUCUGGCUCUCAUAUUGUCAAUCAUCUGGUUCGAGCAAAACACAAGGAAGUUUGUCUCCAUAAAGACAGCCCGCUCGGGGAAACAAUUCUUGAAUGCUACAACUGUGGGUGUCGAAAUGUCUUCCUCCUCGGCUUCAUUUCAGCAAAGACAGAGAGUGUUGUUGUUCUUCUUUGUAGAGAACCUUGUCUAAAUGUAAAUGCCCUGAAGGAUAUGAACUGGGAUCUAAGUCAAUGGUGUCCUCUGAUCGAUGAUAGGUGUUUCCUGCCGUGGCUUGUGAAGGUUCCAUCUGAACAAGAACAGUUGAGGGCACGGCAAAUCAGUGCACAGCAAAUAAACAAGAUAGAGGAACUAUGGAAGAGCAAUCCUGACGCUACUCUUGAAGAUCUUGAAAAACCUGGUGUUGAUGAUGAACCCCAGUCUGUUCAAUUGAAGUAUGAAGACGCGUAUCAGUAUCAAAAUGUGUUCGCUCCUCUUAUCAAGCUUGAAGCAGAUUAUGACAAAAUGAUGAAAGAGUCUCAAAGCAAGGACAAUGUCACAGUUCGCUGGGAUAUUGGUCUUAACAAGAAGCGUAUUGCAUUUUUUGUGUUCCCAAAGGAGGACAAUGAAUUGCGUUUAGUGCCAGGUGAUGAACUCCGGCUGCGUUAUUCAGGAGAUGCAGUGCAUCCAGCAUGGCAGUCAGUUGGACAUGUGAUCAAGCUAACCGCCCAAGAGGAGGUUGCUCUUGAGCUCCGGCCCAAUCUGGGAGUUCCAAUUGAUGUGAACCAUGGGUUUAGCGUUGAUUUUGUUUGGAAGAGUACAAGCUUUGACCGGAUGCAGGGAGCAAUGAAGGCUUUUGCAGUAGAUGAAACGAGUGUGAGUGGCUAUAUUUACCACCACUUGCUGGGACAUGAAGUUGAGGCUCAGAUGGUACGCAACACACUACCUCGUCGUUUUGGAGCACCUGGUUCUCCGGAACUGAAUGCUUCUCAGGUUUUUGCGGUGAAGAGUGUCCUUCAAAUGCCUAUUAGUCUGAUUCAAGGCCCUCCUGGUACUGGUAAAACUGUGACUUCUGCGGCAAUUGUGUAUCACAUGGCCAAACAAGGCCAAGGACAGGUUCUUGUUUGUGCCCCCAGUAAUGUUGCUGUAGACCAACUAGCUGAAAAGAUAAGUGCUACUGGUCUGAAGGUUGUUCGACUAUGUGCAAAAUCAAGGGAAGCUGUAAGUUCUCCCAUUGAGCAUUUGACCCUUCACUACCAGGUACGACAUCUUGACACAUCUGAGAAGAGUGAACUCCAUAAGCUGCAGCAAUUGAAAGAUGAACAAGGUGAACUGUCGAGUAGUGAUGAGAAGAAAUACAAAGCACUUAAACGAGCUACAGAACGUGAGAUAACCCAGAGUGCUGAUGUCAUCUGCUGUACUUGUGUUGGUGCUGGGGAUCCUCGGUUGUCAAAUUUUAGAUUUAGACAGGUCCUUAUUGACGAGUCUACUCAAGCAACAGAACCUGAGUGUCUUAUCCCUUUGGUUCUCGGUGCAAAACAGGUUGUUCUUGUCGGCGAUCAUUGCCAGCUUGGUCCUGUUAUUAUGUGUAAGAAAGCAGCUCGUGCUGGCUUAGCACAGUCUCUGUUUGAACGGCUUGUGCUGCUUGGUGUUAAACCAAUUAGGUUACAGGUUCAAUACCGUAUGCACCCAGCUUUGUCUGAGUUUCCUUCCAACAGUUUUUAUGAAGGCACACUACAGAAUGGAGUCACAAUCAAUGAAAGGCAAACAUCAGGGAUUGACUUUCCUUGGCCUGUGCCCAAUCGUCCCAUGUUUUUCUAUGUUCAGUUGGGACAAGAGGAGAUCAGUGCUAGUGGAACAUCGUACCUGAAUCGAACUGAGGCCGCUAAUGUUGAGAAGAUUGUGACCACUUUCUUAAAGAGUGGAGUGGUUCCUGGCCAGAUUGGAGUUAUAACCCCAUAUGAGGGACAGAGAGCGUACAUUGUUAAUUACAUGUCAAGAAAUGGUGCUCUCAGACAGCAACUUUACAAGGAAAUUGAGGUUGCGAGUGUUGAUUCUUUUCAAGGGAGGGAAAAAGAUUACAUCAUAUUGUCCUGUGUGAGAAGCAAUGAACAUCAGGGCAUUGGAUUCCUUAAUGAUCCUCGGAGGCUGAAUGUUGCCCUUACCCGAGCUCGUUAUGGGAUUGUUAUUCUUGGAAACCCUAAGGUUCUUAGCAAACAACCACUGUGGAAUGGCUUGCUGACACAUUACAAGGAACAUGAGUGCUUGGUUGAGGGACCUCUGAAUAAUUUGAAACAGAGCAUGGUGCAAUUUCAGAAACCAAGAAAGAUUUACAGUGACCGGAGACUGUUUUAUGGUGGUGGGGCUGGAAUCAUAGGAAACGGUAAUUUUGGUGGUGUUAACUCGGGUAACCCUAAUGCUGACAGGAGAGGUGGUCGUGGAAGGGCUGCUGGAUCUUAUCUGCCUCCUGGCCCUGCUAACGGUGUUAGACCUGGACUCCACCCAACUGGAUAUCCAAUGCCUAGGGUACCACUUCCGCCAUUUCCUGGUGGUCUGCCUUCUCAGCCAUACGCCAUUCCAGUGCGUGGGCCUGGAAAUCACGGUUUUGGUGCUGGGCGUGGAAAUCCAAUCAGCAGUCACCUUCCUCACCAACAAGUGUCCCAGCAAAAUGUUGGGACUAUUGGCCCUAGUUUUAACUUUUCUCUGGAGAGUCCAAAUAGCCAGCCUUCUGCGGGUGGACCACUAACUCAACCUGCAUACGUAAAUAAUGGAAGCCAGAUCUUCAGAGAUGAAUUUUCUAUGGGCGGCAUAUCUCAGGAUUUCUUGGGUGAUGACGUUAAGAGCCAGGGAUCUCAUGUUCCAUACAAUGUGGCUGACUUUUCUGCGCAGGGCUCACAGGGUGGAUAUGCUGUUGAUUAUGCCACACAAGGAGCCCAUGGGGCAUUUGCUGGGAACUUCCUAAACCAGAAUUCUCAAGAUGGUUGUUCUCGUUUUGGUGGAGGAAAUGAUUUCAUGUCCCAGGAGUACAUGGCACAUGGGUCACAAGGUCUUUUUACCCAGGCUGGCUUUCCCAAUGCCUCACAGGAUAAUGUCCAGCAGAAUCAAUAUGGUGUGAGCAAUCCUAGCCAUCUUCAGUCUCAGGGCGUGCUAAAUUCACUCUACUCACAGCCUUUCUCACACUACAAAAUGCACCCACUGAACCUUUCUGCUUCGCAGCAGUCUCAGCCUGGCCAGGGCUCUCAGAAUCCGAAACUUCCCUACGAUGGCUGAGGUGACAAACGUGACUUGGAUGCAAAUGGGUUAUGGUCUUUGCAAUUCAGCAACUUGAUUUUUUGCUGUCUCGUGCUCCAACAAACGCCCUGUUACGGGUGUUUGCAAGGUCAGCCUGGUUCUGUGCCUUUUUUACCACCCUUGAUAGAGAUUUUAUUCUCCUCUUGGAAAUAACUCUUUUGGGAGUAGUGAGAGACUAUGCUCGCAAACCCUUAAAAGAGGGGGGGAAAGGAACACGGGAUGCAAAACAAGGGCUGACAAAGACAAGGGAAUAACCCUAUUACCUGAAAUUUUACGUGGCGGCUUGGGAGAAGAGAAGGAAUAUGAUGAUGGUAUGGGGGGAAGAGAUCAUUACAGGACAUGAGUUAGCCGAAAGGGGUUAGGUCCAUACGAAGGAAAGAGGCUCUGUAGCUAUAGCCACCAAUACACAAUGUUGUUUUUCGGCUAAAUAAUAGGAGUUUUGUCAUAAGAACCAGCAUUUUGGCAUAUGCAUAUUACAAGGGCGUUCUCGAGGGACACCAAGAACAGAAAGAUGCAGAUAGCGAGAAACUAACGAACAUUUAGGAAAUCUUCAACCUAAGGCUUAUGGGCCGACAUUAUUUGGUUUUACUAUUUACUAUAUAUUUGAUUUUUUUUUCCUUUAAAAUUCGAACAGAAAAUCGUAAAAUGGUUUCACGGCGUACUUGCCCGUCCUCUUAAUAUUUUAA